CUUCCUACACUCAAUCUAGUACGCUUCCGAGUGUGACCUUGCAUACCGUUUGGUACAUUCCUGGCUUAAACAGAUUAAGAAUAUGAAAUCCAAACAUCAUUCAAAGCGAUCAUUCGAAAUAAAAUUGAAACCCUUCUUAUUGAAUGAUCAUGAUACUAAAUUUUUUAUCUAUCACAUUUUUCUUGCUGAUCCGCCUUUUUAGAGGCAGUCAUUCCCUUUUCACUCGGGCCUUUAUUCAUCGGCCCGUAACAGUGUAUAAUGGGCCAGAUAAUUUACCGACCCAACCGAGGCCCAACCAGGGGGAAAUGGAAAGGAAGGCGAACAGUCCAAUACAGAGAACGCCGCGAAACCUUCUGAAGAAGGCGGUGCGUUUCCUUUCAUCUCGCCGUUUCUGGUUUCUUCGUCCCCAAGAAGAAGGAACGAAUUUCAGAAGCAAUCAAAAUAACCCCAACACCCUCUUUGCCCUUUGGCUUCCCUCUUCUCUAUCUCGUCCUUCAAAACCAAAUUGCUGUUCAUCACAGUUUCAGGACCCUUGAAAUUUUCCCUCUUAUUGACUCGGUGGUUGUUUUUUUGGUUUCCCGUCAAUGGGUGGUUCAUCGGAGACCAAGGUCUUGCAGGAGCUGCUGCUGUACGCAGCGAGCGCCGCCUUGAGCUGUCUUGUCCUGUUCGCCGGGCUCCGCCAUCUCGACCCCAAUAAGGAGGCUGCGAAGAAAUCCCUUGAACAGAAGAAGGAAAUCGCCAAGCGGCUGGGUCGUCCUCUUAUACAGACCAAUCCUUACGAGGAUGUGAUAGCUUGUGAUGUUAUAAAUCCUGAUCGCAUUGAUGUAGAAUUCAAUUCUAUCGGCGGAUUACACAGCAUCAAAGAAGCAUUAUAUGAACUUGUCAUUCUUCCUCUUCGGAGGCCUGAACUUUUUUCACACGGGAAGCUUCUGGGUCCUCAGAAGGGGGUCUUGUUAUAUGGCCCUCCAGGUACAGGAAAGACGAUGCUUGCUAAAGCUAUUGGAAAGGAAUCUGGUGCUGUUUUCAUCAAUGUAAAGGUUUCAAAUCUGAUGAGCAAGUGGUUUGGUGAUGCUCAAAAGCUCGUUGCUGCUGUGUUUAGCCUUGCUUAUAAACUCCAGCCGGCUAUCAUAUUCAUUGAUGAGGUAGACAGUUUUCUGGGACAGCGCCGUACUUCAGAUCAGGAAGCAAUGACAAAUAUGAAGACUGAGUUCAUGGCUUUGUGGGAUGGCUUCACGACAGACAGUAAUGCAAGAGUGAUGGUGCUAGCUGCUACUAAUCGUCCAUCUGAACUCGAUGAGGCAAUACUUCGACGCCUUCCACAGGCCUUUGAGAUUGGAAUGCCCGAUUGCAGGGAGAGAGCUGAAAUAUUGAAGGUGAUUUUGAAGGACGAGAGUGUUGAACGUAACAUCGACUUCAACUAUAUAGCAAGUCUUUGUGAUGGUUACACAGGUUCUGAUCUUUUUGAACUCUGCAAGAAGGCUGCUUAUUUUCCUAUCAGGGACCUACUAGAUGAGGAAAAGAAGGGCAAGAAACAUCAGGAACCACGUCCAAUGACCCAGGCAGACCUGGAGAAAGUUCUGGCGACAUCGAAAAGGACAGGAGUAGCUGCAAUCGAGUACAACAGGUCACGCUCUCAGUCUCCAGUGUGGCCCAUACAGUCUUCGGACGAUGACCAUGUUCACGCCACAAUAAGUGAGCUGUCUAAGCUUGUAGUUUCCCAGAUCUUGAAUCUUCAACCAGAUUCUCGGGAUGAGGUGGAAGAUGAACAUUAGUAACAUUAUUGCUGCUGCCUUGCGAUCUAAGAUUUCGAAACCAUAUCGUGGAAAUUUUGUCCUGUUAAGUGAUAACAGUGAUGCAACUGACCAGUCAGGCUAGAUAAGGCGGGUGAUAAUAUAUCCUCAUUAGAAGCUAGAUUCUCUUUUUUUAUGGUUGUAUUGCAUGUUCGCGUGUAAGAAUAGAAUCUAUAUUAUUGAUGCCAGGGUUCCAUACAUUGUUAUCUCAGCUUGCAGUGUAAAGUAUUCUUCUGAUUCUUGAUCUUUCGAUCGAAACGAAUGGUUGGUCUGAUUCGGAAAUGGAUUAUACAGUUCAUUGUGGAGGCUUUCAUACUGAUAGUGGAAUGAAAAUGAGGAACUACA